GCUUAUUAUCUGUUGUGCUAUUCUAGCAAAACUUUCACGAUACUGGUCUGAUCUUUUAUAACUAGAAACACGUCUGAUCUUCUCCUAAGCGGGACAAUAUAUCUUCCUGUUAUGGAAUUUUGAUAUACGAAUCCGUCACCGGGUAUGUUACCCCCAAUACUAUAUAUGAUCCCUGAAUUGGAUGUGGUUCUAAUAAAUUCACUAGAUUUGCAUCCACUAGGUCUCCUACAUAAUACAGGGUAUCAAAAUAUUCUGCUGGGGUUAGAAACGCACUGGACUGGCUAUUAAGAAUAAGGGCAAAAAAUUUCGCGAAAUGUUCAUUUGUCAAGAGGUCGGGGGAUAACUUCAGUGAAGUGUGGUUCGGGUAAUCGGGUUGUUGUCUUGUUGAGAAGAGGUUUCACUCUUUUGCUAAGAAAAUCGUGCAAUUCAUUUGUUGCUCAAUUAAUGAUGAAGCCAUGUGGAUCAAGGACAUUAAACGUAGAUCCAUACAGAAUAUUGCUUUGUUUAAAAGAUAGGUACGAUUAAGCAAUGGGUUUGGUAGAUUGUACAUUAACAUUUAUUGUAUGUUGCAUUUUUUUGUUCAAACCAAUGCCUCAUUGGUUGUUUUCAGGGAUGGACUGUUAUGGGCUGACCCAACCCAACACCGUUUAGGCCAAGUCCAACCCAGUGCUGAUUACCCGCAUGGCCUAUGUUUGGGUGCAAAAUAUCACUUAUGGCUCGAUUCAUCUUACUUUUCAUUUUUAAAUUUUCUCUUUUGAUUUUUUAUUUCACUUUAGGACUCUUUCACCAACCCCUCCCCAAAUCUAGGAGAGCGGCGGAGAGACUACCAACUCUCAUCUCAGGGAAGGUCAUAUGGCCGGAUUCCCGGAGUUGGGCAUGACCGAUAGAGCAAGCUGUGUUCGGAUUCCUCGUUUCAACAUCGCCGGGCAACCAUGCUAUCGAUUUGUUGGUCUCUAGGCUUGGAAUAGAGAGAAGAGUAGCAAUAAAGCAGACUAGGCUAUCUGACGUGGCUCACAGUCAAAGUCAAGGGUUAUAACACUUUAUGGAUGCCAAAGAUGGAGUGUAAGUAUGUUAUUUUUUCCAACCUUAGAUAUGGUUUAAUUUAAUGAAAAUUUAUGAUUUUGAUUUUAGGAGGGGUUCAGGUGCUGCUAUUUUUGACUGGGAAGAAGAUAUUUUGGGGCGAGUUGGUCAAGAGAAGAACAGAGCAGGGAGAUGCGGUUGUCUGAGAAACAAAGCAUCAAUUGAGGAGUUGAAGAUUUUAGAUUUACAUAUGCACAGUGAACUACAAAGCAUGAAGAUGAUCAAUCAGAAUGAAGCAAAAGAAAAGCAUUUUUGGAAGAAAAUGUGUGUUGUGCUUUUAUUUUUAUUUGGUGGUACUGUUAUGAUAAAAAAUGUAAUAGGUAGAGAGAUUAGUUCAUAGACUAGUUUGUGGUCUAUGAAAUUAUGUUGAAUUAUGGUAAUGAACGGGGUGUAUGUUGCUGCUGGUUGUUAUUGAUAAUGUUGCUGGUUUUUUGUUUGUCAUAUUUGUCCAUUUUGUUUAUCAAAAUGUUGUUGCUACUACUGAAAUUAAGUUGCUGGUUUAUGGUUUAUCAAAAUGUUCUAUUUCUUUUUGUC